AUGGACCCUCAUCUGCUUGACGAUUUGUUAGAUGAUACCGUUUUAAGCGGAGCACCGGCCGAGAGCACGAGUGCUGUGGUCAUGUCGCGCCAAGAGCUGACGGAAAUUGCGAGCGCAAUACAGAAUGACACAGAUCUGGAGAAUGCGUUUGUCCUGUUCGCCAGUUUAAACAAAACUUCGCUCGAGUUGGCCCUCUCGACGCUCUGUAUUCUGGCGGAGCACUGUGUGCGAGAGGAUCAGAAGGAGAAGCUCUUCUUCAUUGUCCGAUCGGUCCUCGACGAUCCGCUGAGCACGAGGAGCGGAAGAAAAGCGGCGAUUUCGGCUUUGAAGGUAGUAGCGCACGCAGGGACUUGGGAGGUGUUCAGCAAUCUUAUUGAAGCCUUAGAAGAGCCACAGUUUCAUAUCGUUCGCCCAGCACUCGUGACGUUUGACACAUUUUAUGAAGAAGCGAGGAAACGAGAUGGGUAUUUCUAUUGUUGGGUGUGGACCGUGUUGAAAAGGGCCUCACUACACUCGAAUGGCUGGAUCCGGCUGUGGGGGCUGGAGAAGUCGCUGGAGCUGGGCGUGGCGUUUUACGAUUUUGAGAAUUCGCCGCUCAUCACCCAAGUCAUCCCACAGCUCAAUUGCACGGACAUUCUCUGGCGACUCGUCGAGCGCGGCAUCUUUCACAAGACGUGCAGCACGUUGGGAAGGCGGCUCGUCGACUAUUGUGACUAUUUGGAUUCGAUUCGAGCGAAAAAUUUCGUCUUGUCCCUGCUGGACCAGAUCGCCGAGCUGACGUGCCCUUUCACGCUUUUCUUCCUUUCCGAAGCUCUGAAGCCGCUCGAUCGCCCGGUGGUUGCCGAGGAGCAUUUAGAAUUGUUGAGAAAAAUCAUCAGCCGCCUCCACUCGAUCCCGUACACUUCCCUGAAAAAUGCGGCUUUCGGGAAUUUUGUCGAUUUCUUUGCGAGGAUUGUUGAUUGGAGUCGUUGCCCAAUCCGGCUCUUCGUGCCCUUUUCCUCCUUGGUCUCGCAGAUGCCGAACGUGGAGAUUAACAACUUGUUGAAGAAGCGCCUGGCGGAGACGAUAGAGAAGCGCCGGGUCGAGAUUUUGGUGGAAGAAAUGUGCGAGAUGGUUCGGCACACCGACUGGAAUUAUGAGACCGAAGACCCCGGCUGGCUGAUCUGGGAGUUUGCCUUCUCCGCCGGCGACGAGGUGGCCGGCGCGUUGGAGUUGGAGCUGGAGAAGAUGCUCGUCGAAUCGAUUGACGAGGGCCGGCCGCUCGACGACUUGCAGGGAUUGAUCGGCGUCUGGAUGCGGAAACCACACAAGAAUUCGGCUCGCGGCGCCAAGGAGCUCAAGGCCACCUCGGUCUUCUUGACGAUCCUCACCGACUUCUUCUACUCGCAGAUUCUGAUGCUGAAGGGCGUGGGCAAAGGCGGCCUGUUGAUCACCAAAUUCUUCCUGCCCCCGCACGCCUGGUUCCCGAACGCCGUCCGGCUGUUGCCAAUGUGCGGUCGGCUACUCGAUUCCGCGGACUGCACGAUCCGGCACGAAUUCAUGGCGUACAGCAUCCUCGAGCAGUACAUACCGCUGCUCAGCACCGAGGCCAUCCAGAGCUACGAGUUCAAGCUGCUCAUCAAGUCGCUCGUCGAAAAUGUUGCUGCGAACCCGUUGAACGCGGGGAGGACGGGGAACAGCUCGCCGCCAGCAGCUCCAAGAGCUCGACGAGAGCUGCAGAAGAUGGCCGAGUCGAUCGGGGCGCUCAAGGUGAAGCUGUUCAGGACCUACUUGCUGGAGACGGUCAAAGAUUGGGACAAGUUGCUGGAGGAUGUUUUUGAGACGAUCGAUUGCGCUUCUUCGUUCGACCGGAAACUGGAGCUGCUCAAACUUGCCGAGGAAGCCAUACAGCACGUAAAAAACGAGGCGCUACUCGUCCAACUCGUCGCCGUCUCCGCUAACGUUCAAGCCGAGGAGCUGAAGAGCAUCAACUCCUUGACGGCCGCCGAGCAGGUGAUGCGGCUGGUGACAAACAAACGGAUGCUGGAGCACGAGGAGACGCGGGAGAAGGCUUUGGAGCUUUUCGAUUCGUACCUCCAAUCCGCUUCUCUAUCACUCCCGGUGGCGCUGGUAUUAGCGCAGGCGCUUCGGGAAGCCCAAGAUCGACUCACAAAGGAGUGGGCUUCACGAAUCGUCGAUCUGGCCAUAUUCGGGCCGAUCCCCCGAAAAGACGGUCGCGUCGUCGCCACGACAUACGGCGUCAUUUUCGACGACAUCGAUUUCGUGACGAUGAAGGCCGAGUCGGAGGCGGAGGUGGUGUCCCUCGUCGAGGAGCUGUUCACCGAGCCCAACGAGGAAGACCGGAAGAACGGGAUGCGGCUCGCCACGGAAGCCAAGGCGGUCAGGGGCUCGCCGGCGGUUGAAAGACUUCACGAAAUCGUUGCCCGUACUCGGCUGAUCGGCUCGUGCCUGGCGGUGAACUGCGCGUCCCGAGACGAGGGCAUGGCUGCCGCUCUACUCUCGGCGAUCCUGGAACGAUGCUCUGAAUUUGACAAAAGCUCGAGCAGAACCUUUGGCCUCUCGUUCGCCCACCGGGCCAAGACGCGCGUCGUCCAGCUGAUGUUGCUCGUCUUGUCGACGCGGGAUUCGAGGAAAUUGGAAAUUUUGCCUACUGUGGUUGACUACUGUAUCCAAGUGAUCCAAGACCCGUGCCAGCAAUUCUCGAUCAAACUGAUCGUCGAAUGGAUUCUCGCGUACUGUGCUUGCCAAGACGAUGGAGUGCUUGAGAAAAUAAUAUCGGUGGAAAAAGAGCUCUCCAAAUCCCGCAUCGGCAGCGUGACGUCGUGGCUGAAUAUCCUGGUGCUGUACGCCAAGUCGAAGAAGGACAAUUUGGAAGUGCUGACCCGGCUGCUGUCCCUGAUCGUCCCCUGGACGACAGCGCAGAACUUCUCGGUCCGCUGCAGUGCCAUCGCAGCUGCUCACCUCCUCUAUGGUCAUCUGCCGGAAGCCGAGAAGCCGAAAUGGACACUCGUCAAAGCGAUCAUGGACUUUGACGGGGAGCCGGCGGGGAAUGCUCGUCGUGUAAUCGAGAACCUGUUGGUCGACUUCUACUUUGCAAAGUUGGAGCCGGUUGCGCAUUUGGAUCUGCAAACGGUGCUGAACACGGUGUCGACAAAGACGGGAAUGCCGGAUGAUGAGUUGAUUCCGGAUAGGCUAAUAACCUCGCUGAACGACACGAAGAUGAAGGGGCUCAGCGACGAUGAGCAAUUCUUGGCAGCCGAGACGCUCGUGUAUAAUUCCCUGGCCAAGUGCAACACCUGCGCCCCGGAGAUGACCACCGAAGAGGACUCGGAAAGGAUUUCGGCGGAGAGUGGCUACGAUUUCGAGGUGAACGGCACCGAGCCGGAGUCGACGUCGUUGCAGCGGAAGAUCGUGACGGCCGCCUGGCAAAAGCCGCUGGACUGCUCGCUGAUCGUGGUGGCCAGCUUGGUGGAUAAGCCGGCAAAUUUGGGAGGGCUCUGCCGCACCUCCGAAAUCUUUGGCGUCGACUCGCUGGUGCUCAACGACGUGCUCCAAGCCAAAAACCUCAACUUCAAGGCGCUGUCGAUGAGCUCGGAGAAUUGGCAAAAGCUGGAGGGCGUCCGCCCCGACGACCUGAUGGAGUACCUGAAAGAGCGGCGCCAGGCCGGCUACACCGUCGUCGCCGCCGAGCAGACCACCGACAGCACGCCGCUCGACAAGUUUGCCUUCCCGAAGAAGUGCGUGCUGCUCGUGGGCGAUGAGCGCGAGGGCGUACCCACGCGACUGUUGCGCUACGUCGACCAGACCGUCGAGAUCAAGCAGUUCGGGCAGACGCGCUCAUUGAACGUGCACGUGACGGCCGCCCUGUUCAUCUCCCGGUACGCCGAGCAGCAUUUUUGCGCC